UGGUACUCAAACAGUUGGUUUUUCUAAACUAGAAGCAUACUGGAACUAUACAUUUACUGUAGUUGCCACCACAGAUAAAGGUGAUAGUGAACAGUCUGAAAUGUCUCCAAAUGUUAGGACAAAUCAAGAUGCUCCAGGUGUAGUGCUUAACUUUAAAGUUGAUAAACCAAACGAUGAACACACAAAAAUGAAAGUAAUAUGGAGUAUACCAGAACUUAGAAACAGAAAUGGAAUGAUUAAAGAGUAUAGGGUAGAACACAAUAUAACAGGGACAACAGUGUUUUCUACAGUGAAUGCAACCAUGGACAACUUGGAAAUAUUAUUUAAUAUAAAACCAGAGCAAUAUUACAAAAUAAAGGUUUAUGCUGUAAACACUGAAAAUACUGAUGGAGCUGCAGUUGAAGAGGUUUAUAAUGCUUUGCCAGGACCUCCUAAAGUACCACAGAUUCCUGCUUUUGUAGAAGAAACAUCUUCACCCCCUUCUACACAAACCACUAUAAAAGUGAAAUUCAGUUUAGACUGGUUCUUGAACGAAGAAAAUGGGAAACGUACUGAUGGUGGUAUAGUGAUCUGUCCAAAAUCUAGCUGUGAUAACUAUGGAGAAACUAGUCAGAUGAAAGAUCCAUCACAUUUUGCAACUUUGGCAACAUGGAAACAAUCCAGAGCUAAAGGUUUUACACAAGCAUACAGAGUGACAAACAGAACUUGGAUAAAUGAUCAUGUCAGCUCUUCAGGUAGACGUAAGAGAAGUAUCGAGGUGGUAGAAUUAACAAUAGGAGAAGAUACUGAUUGUAAUAAACUGGCAGAUGAUGUGUACUGUAAUGGACCACUACCUGCAGACAUAAGAAUUAUAGUGAUAGCAUUUGUUUGUACAAGUGGAGGCUGUACAGAAUCGAAACCGUAUGGACCUUAUAAAACACAACCUGAACCUGAAGGUCUGCCGAUAGCCAUUAUAGCUGGUGUUGCGUCUGCUGUGGCGGUGUUUGUCAUUAUUAUUAUAAUUAUUGUUGUGAUCAAGAAAAAUAGAAGGAAGCAUAAGCCCAUGGAGGAGGACAAAGAAAUUGAUGAUUUUAAUGAUUUGAACCCUCAUCAUUUGGAGACACCAUCUGUUGAGAGAAAGAAUAUAAGAAAGAAAAGACCUAUUGCAAUGAAAGAUUUUGAGGCCAAAGUUGCAGAGCUACAUAAAGAUAGUAAUCUUAAAUUUGCACAUGAGUAUGAGGAGCUGAAAACUUUGACAGAUCCCAAAACAUUGAAACAUGUAAGCACUUCUCUUGCAGAUACUGAGGAAAAUAAACUGAAAAACAGAUAUGUCAAUAUUCUUCCUUAUGACCACACCAUUGUCAAACUGUUACCACUAGAAGAUGAUGAUGAACAAGCAUCUACAUUCAUCAAUGCAAACUAUAUUCCUGGAUACAAAUCCCAGAGAGAGUACAUAGCCUCACAAGGACCUAUACCUAGUACUAUUGAUGAUUUCUGGAGAAUGGUUUGGGAACAGAGUGUUUCUAUUAUUGUCAUGUUGACAUUAGCUAAAGAGGAUGGCAGGAUAAAAUGUGAGAUGUACUGGCCAACAGAACAGUCAGAAGCCAAACAGUUUGGAGAUAUUGUUGUAGAAAUGCAAUCUUGCUCAACAAUCAACACAUAUGAAUUCAGAAUUUUUAAAAUGACUCUGGGAGACAAGUCCAGGACAUUAAAACAUUUUCAUUUCCUAAACUGGAAAGAUUUCUCAGCCAAUGUACAAAAUGAUGUCAUGGUUGACUUCAUCUCCAACGUACGCAGUCAUGUGACUAUUCCAGAGAGUAGAGUUCCAAUGAUUGUUCACUGCAGUGCUGGUGUUGGAAGGACAGGAACGUUUAUUGCCCUGGACCACAUGAUGCAGUUUAUCAGAGAUCAUGAUUUUGACUCCAGCAUUGAUAUUUUUGACUUUGUAGUAAAGAUGAGAGAAUGUCGAAUGUACAUGGUACAAACUGAGCAACAGUACAUCUUUAUCCAUGAUUGUAUCAAAGAUAUCCUAGAGAAGAAAAGACAGAAGGAAUUAGAGGACGGAGAUGGUCUUUACGGCAAUGUUGACAAUGAUCAGGAUCAUAAUAUCUACAGCAACGAAGCUUUUGAACCUGAACCAGAGCUUUACCAGAAUUUUGCAAGUGGACAACCAAAGACUGAAUUAUAAAGUGAUCUCUACAAAAAUCCAAAAUAAUUGUGAUAUUAUAAUAUAUCUAUGCAAUUUAGUAAUGUAGGUUGUAUUUGUUCAGAAAUCUGUUUUAUUAUGAUAAAAACUUUGUUGUUUUAUAUGUCUUGUAUACUGUGGAUUCAUUUGUUUUCCUGGGUUCAAAUUUUUAUGGAUUGAGAAAAAAAACUGUAUGUUCAUGAAUUCUUGAUUUACUGGUUAUGUUGAUAAAAAUAUACACAAAAAUUAGUAUCCCAUGAAAGACAAUAAAUCAUCUGUAGUAACAUUCCACUUUUACAUGUUUAGACUGAAUCAUUUAUGGCAAAUUUUCAAACCAUUAUAGAGUAUUAUGUAAUUAACUAUCAUUAUCCUAAACAAUAGUUAGUUUGGAAAAAGCUUGUCUGAAAUUACCAUCUUCUAAAUAUGUAUGUCAGAUCGUCAGAAGCAUGUAAUACAAGAGAUUGGCAUCUAGGCAAAAAUCUUGUGAUAUAACGUGGCUCUCAUUAUUUCAUUGAAAAUGUCAUUGUAAGAAUUCAAAUCUUGUUUUCUAAAAUGAUCACAAAAAUAUUUUGAAAUGCCUGCAAUAACCUAUGAAAUCUUUACAGUUCUGCAUUUGUAUGUUUUAUAACGUUAUAUUUGUACAUAAGAAGAUAAAAAAAGGAAUAUCAACCAUACCAACACCACCUUUCUUUUUGUUAAUUUAUUGAAUUUUUGUUGAGCCUGUGACUUUUGUCGCAAAAGCGAGACAUAGCGAUCCUACAUUCCGUCGGCGGCAGUGUCAACAAAUAUUCACUCUGGUUAAAGUUUUUGAAAUUUUAAUAACUUUCUUAAACUAUCCUGGAUUUCUACCAAACUUGGACAGAAGCUUGUUUAUGAUCAAAAGCUAGUAUCUAGAAGGAAAUUUUGUUAAAAUUUAUUUCCUGUUUUUUCGUAUAUAACUUAUAAAUGGACUUAGUUUUUCUUCAGUUAACAUUACAUACAGUCUGCAGUUAAAGUUUUUAAAACUUUUAUUAGAUUCAUAAACCAUCCUGGAUUUUUACCAAACUUGGAUAUAAUUUUCUUACAAUCAAAAAAUAGUAUCUAGAGGAAAAUUUUUAAUAAUUAUUUCCUCAUUUUUGUUGAGCCUGCGACUAACAACAAAAGUAGGCGAGACACUGGGUUCCGCGGAAACCUUACGAAUUUUCAAUACAUUGAUGUAAAUUUUUGACAUUCAUUGUUCAUAAAAUCCUUAUUUUGAAAGAUAAUUUUCUCAAAUCUUUUAAAGAUGAGAACAAGGUAAAAGAAAAAAAUAUGUCUGUAUAUAAAAAAAAGUUAAAAUUAUUGAGAAAGCUGUAUGGUAUUCUGAUUUAUUAUAUGGCCAUUAAAUUAAAGUUGCUGAUCUCUAGUAGUAAAUGUAUCUUAAAUAGCUUUGGUUCUAUACAUUGUAAACAACCAAUGUUUGAACAAUCUUUAUUCAGUUUUUAACCUUAAUUUAAAAAGGGGGUAAUUAUAUAUAAAUAAGAUUUUUUUUUCUAAUAAAAAAAAGGUAGCACAAUAUUUUUGCCUCCUCAGUCAAGACCCUUCUCUGUUACAGUAGGAUCAUUGUGAGUACACAUUUUCCUUUGAUCCUUAAACAACUAAAAUCAAUCAAAAUACACAAAUUCUAUCUGAAACAUUCCAUGUACGUAAUCAAAAUUUACAUUUAAAAAUACAUACAUAAUAUAUUAUUUAUCCUAGAAACUUAUAUGCAAUUUUUACUUUCAUUUCCUUGUUUAGUGAUAUGCAAAUUUUUAUAAACAUCAUUGUUAAUUGUUAUUGUUUUUUCUGUAUAAAUUGUUUAUUUAGAUGUUAAUUAUGUGCUUACAUAUAUAUAUUAUAUGAAUAACUUAUCUGCAAAUAGUUUUUUUGAUAUAUUUACAAUGAAUUAUAUAUUUUUCUAAUCUGUUGAUGUGUAUUAUCAGAAUCAUAUAUAUCUAUAUUUUACUGGUACAAUUCUGUUUUAUACUAAAUUGAUGGGUAUGUGAUAAAGAAUUUAUUUAACAUUAUUUGUCAAUGAUUUUUUUUACAAUCCAAAGUUUGUGGGCAGUUAUUUAUCAAGUUUUACUAACAUACUCAAUUUAGUGUAUGCAAAAGGAUAAUUUCUUUUCAUUCAUUGGAUGUUACAUUUUACUUUUAAUUUAUGAACACAUUGUUCACUUCACUUCUAUGUUAGAUUUCUGUUAACUUUAACCCAUUAUAUCGUGAUUUUCUGUACAAAGUAAAGUAGGAAAAAUCUUUUUACUUUUUGUAAUUUUUUUUUUUUUAAAUUAUAUACACUUUUGGAUUUUUUUUUAAAGAACUGUCAGUAGUACCAACAUUUUCUCAUAUACAUGUUUAUAUAAUUUCAAGAUGAUAUAGAUAAUUGUUUUUAAGGGGAAAAUUUCAUAAAAAAAAUUCCUGAAAUUAAUUGUAAUAAAGUUUUGAAAAUUUACCAUAGUAUAUGGCAUAUAUAGUGUUGCAGAAUUUUGAAACUAUACCACUAAUUGCAAUAAAUUUAAUUAAUUGUAUAUUUUAUAGUCGAUAAGCAAUGAAAGGAAUGAUGGGUUGUAAAAUGGAUCAAUUAAAAUCCAGAAUGAAAUAUUCGUUACAUUCAAGCAAUAUAUUCACUGAAAAUCAUAAAAUUUUUCAGUAACAGAUGAAACUAGAAGUAUUUUGCAAGUGAAUAUAUUUAUAUAUCAUCAUACAUGUAUAAAAUGCCUCAUAAUCUAUCAAAUUGCUGUUUUUUGUUUGUUUUUUUAAAGACAUAUUUGUGUGAUAUAAAUAAAUUUGAUAAAGUCCCAUUAAAUUUUCUGUCUCCAGCAACGAUGUUCUUACAUCAGUUUGUAUUACCUCUUGUAAAGGCACUUCACAUGUGAACUAGCUUUCUGUUAUCUUUUUUAAAUGCUCAAUAUGACUUUUCUUGAUAAAUAUAAUUCCACUAGCUUUAAUAAGUAUGCUUAUUUUCAGAUGACGAUUUUCUUUCUUUCAAUUUACAAUUCCAAUAUUUUUAUUUUUUAUGUGUUAAUUUUAAGAUUAAAGAUAAACGCAGAGAUUACUUCUUGAAAAUGCAUCAGAGGGAUUCAGUGAAAGAACAUGUCAGAGUAUUAAUGCUUAAAGUAUGUUGUUACACAUGCUACAAUGAUUGCUUAUGAUAAAAAUUUUAAUUUUUAGUUUGCCUGUCCUGAAUAUUAUGAUUUUCAAAAUUGAAUGAUAUAUAUGUUUAAAUGAAAUUAUUCUGAUCUUAUUUUAAAAUUAUAUGAUAGCAUAUACAUUGUGGUCAAACUCGUUGUUUUCUUAAUAAAUGAUAUGUUAUGAUAAUUACUAUAUUCACGAAAUCUCUUAAAUAAGUUCAAAUUGAAUAUUCCAGUUUUGUUGCAUUGGAAGAGCUUUUACCACCUUUACUCACAAAUAAAAGAUUUCAAAGCCAAAGAAGUUUUAUAGUUUGGAUAGAAAUAUCAUAUUUGAAAAAAAAUGGCAAAAAUUGUUUUUGAUAUGAAGAGAAUCAGACUUAACUAUGGGUGAUGUUUAUUUUUUGGUGAAUUUAUAGUGUCUGCAUAGCAGCACUUACUCUUCACUUUUUUUGUUUUUAUAAAUGAACCAAAUAUUUUUUUGCUGACAGAAUUAAAUUAUUAUACUUCAGUAAAGUGUAUUUUAUAUGACUCUUUUGUUGACCAGAGUUAAAUUUGAAAACUAUUUUUACAUUAACAACUGUUUAUCAUGUUCUAUUUACUGAAUUAUGCAACUUGUAUUUACAUGAUUAUUUAUUCACUAAAUCAUAUAUUUUUGUAAAUCACUAAUAAAUUUUCUACAAACAUAA